AUGAAGGUGACGUAUUCCUGGAUAAUAUACUCAUGUUUAUCUUUCGGAUCAGGCAUUUUGUGUGACAGAAAAGAUGAUGAUUCUUGCUCAAUAAACGAAGAAGAUAAGUUUUAUUGUUCAAAUGGACUGUGUAUCAAAUCGUCGUGGGUUUGUGAUGGUCAUAAGGAUUGUUCAGAUGGUUCAGACGAGAACAAAGAGUUGUGUGCUCUAUACGGAUAUGCACCAAAUAUGCCAAUGAAUUGCGGUAGAGUUAAUAUUAAAAACCAAGUUACACUCAAAAAAGACAUAGCAAAUAUUGGAACAGCACCUUGGAAUGUUGGAAUAUAUCGAUUAAAUAAAGAAAAUUCCAAUUACGAAUUGAUUUGUGGAGGAUCAAUAAUCUCUCCAAAUUUAGUCGUUUCUGUGGCUCAUUGUUUUUGGCAAGAAGGUAUGUUAUCUAAGAAAAUAUCAAUAAACGAUGGUUUAUACAAAAUUUCUGUUGGAAAAUAUGAGAGAAAUUUUACAGUUAUUGGAAAUGACUUAACUCAAAUAAUGAAUGUGUCUAUGAUCCACCUGAAACGAGGUUAUAAUGGACCUACUGGGUUUCAUGCUGAAGAUAUAGCUAUUAUUGUGUUACAAGACAGAGUUUCUUUUAGUAAUGGUGUUUCACCGGUUUGUGUUGAUUGGAAUGGUGAAUACAAUAUAGUCAAUGGAGAUGAAGGAAAGAUGGUUAGUUGGGGAAACAUGGAAAAAAAUAUAUCAAAUCCUGAUUUAUUUGAAAUAUCUUUAACCUUCAUUGACCAUGAAACUUGUCAAAAAAUUUAUAGAAAUGGAUUUGAAACAUUUGUGACUGCUGAUAAGUUUUGUGCUGGUUCUAAAUUGGUUUCAGGACAAGGAGUAGGAAAAUGGUUUUCAUUCAAAGAUACAUUGUGUUUAGAAAUGUGCCCACCUCUAAAAUCAGAUAGUUUGGAUAUUAAAUGUAGUCAUAAUGGAGUGUAUGCUAAUUGUUCAAAUUCAUUGAUACCCAAUACAACAGCAACAAUAUCAUGUAAACCAUUAUAUACAGCACCAAAUGGACAAGAUGAGAAUCCGCUUGAAUUACUUUGUCAGCCUAAUGGGACGUGGAAUAAACAACUAUAUAGAUGCGAUCCUACAUACUGCGGUAGACUAUAUAUCAAAAACCAAAUACUGAUUAACAAUGGUUAUGAAGCAAAUAUUGGAACAGCACCUUGGAAUGUUGGAAUAUAUCGCAAUAAUGGUUUGAUUUGUGGAGGAUCAAUAAUAUCUCAAAAUUUAGUCGUUACUGCGGCUCAUUGUUUUUGGAAAAAAGGUAUUUUAUCUAAAAACAUAUCAAUAAAAGACGGUCUAUACAAAAUUGCUGUUGGAAAAUAUGCUAGAGAUUUUACAGUUAUUGACAAUGAUUUUACUAAAAUAAUUAAUGUGGAAAUGAUUCACCUAAAUGAUGGUUAUUAUGGACCUUCUGGGUUUCAUGCUGCAGAUAUAGCUAUUAUUGUGUCAAAAGACAGAGUUUCCUUUAGUAAUGGUGUUGCACCUGUUUGUAUCGAUUGGUAUGGUAAAUACAAUAUAGCCAAUGGAGAUCGAGGAAAGAUCGUCGGUUGGGGAAAAACUGAAGAAGGCAUUUUUAGUCCGGUUUUAUUAGAAGAAUCAUUAUCAUAUAUCGACCAUAGAUCUUGUCGGGAUAUGUAUACAAACGGAUUUGAAAAUUUUAUUACUAUUGAUAAAUUUUGUGCUGGUUCUGCAUUGGGUAAUAAAAUAUCUAAACAUUAA